CGCCUGUGUGUGUCACUCUUUUGCACCGCAGUAGAAAUGUAUUUCAUAACAAAACGUCACAUCCUCUGACCGCUGCUAAAGCAUCUGAGCAGCCAGAGGACUUUGUUCCGAUGUUGCGCUUGAUUGCAACAUCCUUGUGCCUCCGAUGUCAACAUGUCCCACUUUUACCUUCAAACCCCAGGGCGUGCUCGACGCGCAGCUCUGCGGAGAAUCAGCAGACUGUGGAAGCUCUUUAUGAGCUCUCUGUGGACAUCCAGAAAGUCAGGAAACUCAAAGGAUGGGUGUUACAUCAAGAUCCAGCCUACACCAAGGAGGUGGCUGGCCUGCUGAGAGACCUGGGGGCCUCCAGCCCCGUCAUCGCUCACAUCUUGGCCGUCCACCCCGAGGCUGUCCUCUGCAAUCCGGAGCAACUGCAGGCCCAGCAGGAGCUGUGGACGUCCGUCUGCCCGAACCACAGAGAGCUGCUGGGCGUCAUUGAGAAAUUCCCGGCUUCCUUCUUCAGCGCGUCCAGUCACCACGAGAACCAACGGGAAAACAUCACUUACUUCCAGAGCCUAAACCUCAACAAGCGCAUCGUCACCAAGCUCAUGGCCAGCGCUCCGCAGAGCUUCAGCAGACCCGUGGACCAGAACCGGACGAUGGUCGGCACCCUCCAGCAGGCCUACCAGGAGCUCGGUGGGGACGAGGCCAACAUGAGACCAUGGCUGCAGAAGCUGCUGAGUCAGAACCCGUUUGUCCUACUGAAGCCGCCAGAGAUCCUGAGGCAGAAUCUGGUGUUCCUCAAAGACAGAGGGUUCACCACUGCGGAGCUCCUCCGUCUCCUGUCCAAACUCAGGGGCUUCGUCACCGAGCUGAAUCCGGACAGCAUGCGCCGGACCAUGGCUUUCUCCCUGGAAACCAUCGGCUGCUCCGACGCUGAGCUGAGGGAGAUCAUCCUCAAGUGUCCGGCACUGCUCUACUAUCCAGAGGCUACCCUAGCGGAGCGUUUUGAGGGCCUGCUCAGCGCCGGGAUCAGCAUGCCUCAAAUCACGCAGACUCCCACUGUGCUGGAGCUGACCACGCAGAUCGUAAACCACCGCAUCCAGCGACUGAAGGCCCGCGGCUACGACGUCAGCACAGGUAGUCUAGACGUCAUAAACGGCACCAAGAAAGACUUCGAGAUGAGCUUCGGGAAACUGCAGCUGCGCAGAGAGAGACCGCUUUUUAACCCCGUCGCUCCUUUAAAGGGAGAUGACUGAGCAGAUGUUGGACCCGUGGAAGUCCGAAUUGAAAGUAGCGCCUUGUGUGUUUUGUUCCGAUGGGUAUUUUCAAUUCGUGCCUGUGUCAUAAUGCUGUGUCUUAAAUCUGAUGGUGCACUUAUUUUUUUUACGUUUACUUUUGCAUGGUGGUGGCAGUUCACGGUGUUUCAGCUUUCAGGAUGCCUUCAGUUUCAAAGGGAAAAGUCGCCUGUUGAGAAUCUUCCAGUUUAAUAUUGAACCUGUGUGAAGCUUCUAAAUCAGUUUUGUUCCCAGUCAACUAAAAGUGCAACUAAAGUGAUGUGUUCACUUUCAACCUGCUGCCAAAAUCUCAGACAUUUUGGAAUGAAAGGUGAACUAAAUCCAAUUAAAACGUCACGAAUCAGUCACGUGUCACUUUU